AUGGAGGACCACAUUGCUGUACUCACGACCUGGUCUGUGCAAUUUAUUGCAUCACAGGUUUUCCUGUACGUCAUGCUGAAGGUUUUCAAGAGAGUAAGAUAUACGGGCGGGAAACGACCUCCUGGUCCCCCAUCCUUGCCAUUGAUUGGCCAUUUCCAUCACCUUUUAUUCGGGUUGCCUCACCACUACCUCGCCAAAAUCGCUGAAAAAUAUGGAACCAUAGUGUGGCUAGAAUUGGGAGCUGGAGGUUUGAAGACUCAAGAUCACAUAUUUGCGUCUCGCUCUCCGGGGAUUAUGUCAGACUUGGUGUUCAACAAAGGUCAGGAUCUCGUAUUUUGUCCCUUAAAUGACCACUAUCGUCUAGCCCGUAAAAUUUUUACGACAGAACUUUUUUCAGAAAAGCGGAUCGACUCAUUUAAGAUACAAGAUAUGAGACGACAGAUGACUUUCAGAACUUUGCGGACUGCAUUCGAGGAGGGUCAUGCGAAUCGUUACAUAAAUUUAACUGAUUUAUUGCGCCAUCAGUUUAUAUCUUUGACUACCCAAAUGUUAUUUCGAAUGGAUGGACAUGCUCAGUGCAAGGACCUUCUGGAUAUAUUCCAUGACAUAUUAAGAACAGAUUGGCUCGUGAUAGAAGAGUUCUUCCCUUUGCUUAAGCCACUUGAUCUGAGCGGACAAGUUAGAAGAUUGAAAAAUAUAGGGGAAAGAUAUUACGAAGUUAUGGAUUCCAUCAUCGACAACCGCCUGAAAGAAAAUUCCAUUUCCAAGUCGAAUACUGAAGAAGACUUCUUGGACGUGCUGUUAGCUACGAGCAAAUUUUCACGUGUUCAAAUUAUGUAUCAAAUUUCUAACUUUGUUUUGAGCUUAUUUUCCUUCAAUCAGGACAUCAUGGGUGCUGGAACUGAUUCUGUCUCUGACACGAUUGUGUGGGCUAUAAUUGAGCUUCUGCGGCAUCCCAACAUUAUGGAAAGACUUCAGAGUGAGCUCGACGAUGUGAUCGGUAAAGAAAGGCUGGUUGAAGAAGCAGACCUCAACAACCUCGAGUAUCUGCAGGCAGUGGUGAAGGAAACACUACGGCUGCACCCAGUGGCUGCUUUGGGAGUUCCUCAUUAUUCGACGGAGGCAACGAAAGUAGCAGGAUACGAUAUUCCGGCCAACACCCGGGUAAUGCUGAACCUUUAUGCCAUUGGCAGAGAUGCCAAGGUUUGGAAAAGUCCUCUGAAGUUUGAUCCUUCAAGAUUUUUAAACAGCCCUGUAGAUGUGCGAGGGCAACACUACGAGGUUCUGCCAUUCGAUGCUAGGAGAAGGAGGUGUGUGGGCAUGAAUUUGGCACUCCUCUCUAUGGCGUAUACAGUCGCCCAGCUGAUUCAUGCGUGUACAAUCUCCUUGCCCGAAGGCUUGACUGAUCUGGACGUAGAUGUUGAAGAGAAGUUCGCAGUCACCGUAGUGAGGCGCAAUCCUCUGAAUCUACUUAUAAAGAGGCGACUGCCUUUGGACGUCUACGGUACGGCAUGA